AGUUACAGGUCUCGCCUGUCGGUGGAUUCUUGCAUCGGCAAUAGCCGUGAUGUGUAUGGAGCUGCCAUGCGGAAGAAAUCGAAAGUGAAGGUUGAUGAAUCGUGUGCGUCCAUGGCGAGAGAUGUCGGCACCCAUGGAACCCGGUCGGGCCUUCUCCGCACUUAUAUUGUAGGGCAGCAUUGGCACAGGCCGGGUUGGAAAUUCGCGCAUUGGCUGUCUUUGCCAUGUCUCCACGCCGAGCCAAGCUUUUUAUGUUUGGCCGUUUUGGACCCACCGGCAGUCUUUUGUUUCCUCCAUUCCCACCUCGAUUUCGAUCUCUGCUCCCCUUCCCUCCUCAACCUCACUCGACUUAUUCGCUCGAUAGGAGACCGCCAGGCCCGCUGAUCACCCAAUUGGCUCGUCGUCGUUCAAUCGCAGCCACGUCUUGUGUUGUUCACCCUCUCAAACCUCUCGCCCUCAAAGACCCUUCGACGACACACCUCUAGCGGACUAGCGGAGCCUUCGGUCUCUCCACCUCCCUGGUCUUCUUGUAAUCCGCAACUCACGCCCAACACCAAACU